AUGAGGAAAUUUGAUGCAAUGAAAAGAAUUGUUAUAGUGGCUUCCAUGAAUCAUGAUUCGGCUUUUGAAAUUGUUCAUGUUGUAUUGGCAUCUAAUCUGUUGCUUUUGAUUGUGUCUUAUGUAAGUCUUUUCCUGUCCUCCAUAUGUUUACUUUGUUCCUCAUUGGCUUAUAUUACUUCUCCAUUUUCAUCAAUUACUGCUUGCAGACAAUUAUCUGAAUUUAUUGUGGCUAUAGUCUUUUUUCAUGUUUCGGAGUAUUUUUUAGCUGUUUACAUUCAUAGAAGAUUAAAUGUGACUCUGAAAUCUCUUUUGAUAAGCAAAAAUUACAUCGUGGCAAUGAUAUGCUCGUUGGUUGAGUACUGGCUUGAGAUCACCUUCCUUCCUGGGUUGAAAGAAUAUUGGUGGAUAAGCAACUCAGGCCUUGCCAUGGUUGUCUUUGGGGAAAUUAUACGAAAAGUGGCAAUGGUAACAGCUGGUCAUGCUUUUACGCAUCUGAUUAAAAUUCAUCAUGAGGAGCAACACAGACUAGUAACUCACGGAAUUUAUGGAUUUGUGAGGCAUCCAGGUUAUUGCGGCUUUUUCAUCUGGUCAGUUGGCACUCAGAUUAUGCUGCUGAAUCCUAUUUGUACCCUAGCAUUUGCGGUGGUUGUUUGGAAGUUCUUUGCUGGACGCAUACCAUAUGAAGAGUUUUUCUUGAGACAGUUCUUUGAUGAUGAGUAUGAAGAAUAUGCUCAAAGGGUCCCGUCCGGAGUGCCCUUUGUGAAGUGAGAAUCUUUCCUUGUCUAUCAUGCAUGUCUUCAUCAGCCAGCAACAAGAUUGCUUAGAAUCAGGCUAGCUGUUCUCCAACCUUACCUGAAUACUAUAAGUCUAUAAGCUGGAUGCUUAGUUGCUCAAAUUCUCCUUUGUUUCCAUGGUGUAGCAUUGU